ACACACACACACACACACAUUCACGCACCGCACCGCACCGCAUCGCAUCGCACCGCGUCCGCCUCUCCCCCCGACCGUCCUCCCCGCUGCCAUCAUGUCUGCCCAGAUGGCUGCCGCCCCUUCGGGCGCCGAGAGCCACGACCCCCCCAUGCAGGAGGUGGAUACCCCUCCUCCCCCGCCCCCGCCUACGGCUCACCUGUACCAGCUGAACCUGCAGAACCAGACGGCCGUCACUGGUGGCGGGACUCUUGGUGCCGGGGCUGCCGUGAUCGGCGCCUUCUGUGGUAUUGACAAGCAGAAGGAGAUUGCCCUCAUCCAGCACACCGCCAUUACCCUUGUGCGGGUGGACGACGAGGGCCGCAUCCAUGAGAUGUCCCGGACCGAGAUGUUCGGUGUCAUCCGCAGUGCCGUGGCCUUCCACACCUACGCCAGCAACAAGGACUUCCUGGCCAUCGGCUCUGACUCGGGCAAGAUCGUCAUCCUCGAGUACAACCCGGUUAUCAAGCAGUUCCUCACGGUGCACGAGGAGCCCUACAGCCGGACCGGCGUCCGGCGCAUGGUCCCCGGGCAGCUGCUGGCUGUCGAUCCCCUCGGGCGUGCCCUGCUCGUCGGUGCCCUGGAUAAGCAGAAGCUUGUCUAUGUGCUGAGCCGCGACCAUGCCCACCGCCUGACCAUCUCCUCGCCGCUGGAGGCCCAUGUGCCGAACUCGGUCUGCCUGGCGGUGGUCGGCCUGGACGUUGGGACCCGGAACCCGGUGUUCGCGGCCCUGGAGUCCGAGUAUGAGGACAUGGACAUGGACCCGAGUGGCGAGGCGGCCAGCGACCUGAUCAAGGUCCUGUCGUACUACGAGCUGGACCUGGCUCUCAACCACAUGGUCCGCAAGGCGCGCACUCCGAUCGACGCGACUUCGCACAUGCUCGUUCCCGUUCCCGGUACCACCGGCUGUCCCUCGGGUGUGCUGAUCUUCUCGGCGGACACGGUUGCCUGGCGCGGUGUCGGAAUUGGCCCGGACACUCCGGAGCUCCGGGUUCCUCUCCCUCGGCGGAACCAUCCCCUGGGUGACAUUGCCCGGCCUUCGAUGGUCACUUCGGCCGUGCUGAUUCGCACCCGGAAGAAUCGUCGCAUCGUGUACCUCCUCCAGUCGGACGAUGGGGAUCUCUUCCGCCUGAUCAUCGAGCUCGAUCCCAAGACCGCCCAGCCGGUGGACAUGGUCCUCAAGUACAUCGAGACCCUGCCCUCGGUGGCGGCAUCGCUCUGCUUCCUUGAGGAUGCUGGGGCCUUUUUCACGGCUUCGGAGUUCGGUGACCACGUCGUCUACCGUCUCAUCGAGUCCACCCGCGAGACUGUCGAGGAGGAUCCCCUGCGCGCGAGCGACUUCACCCGGCAGUAUGCCCAGUACUACCGCACGGAUGCCGGGUUCGCCAACAUGUCUCGGUCCUUUGGGUUUACCUCGCGCGUGGGCGCCGCCGAUGCCACGGCCCUGGCCACGGCCCAGCGCCCUCUGGCUUUCUUCACUCCCCGGGCCCCGGGCGACCUGGUCAACCUGGCGCCGGUCGACUCGGUGGCCAGCCUGUCGCCGCUGAUCGACUCCGGCAUCCUGCCGGUCUCCUUCACCGACAGCUCCAUCGGCCAGCAUGUCCAGGCGUCCGACGGUCGGGUGAUGGUCACCCUGACCGGGUCCGGCAGUGUGGGCGGUGGCGGGGCCGAGCUGCGCCUCUUGCGCGCUGGCGUGCGCUCGGUCAUCGGCGACCGGGGCUCGGCGGUGGCCGAGUUCCCCGGUGUCCCGUCCGGCAUUUGGGCUCUUCGCCAGCGCCCGUCCGACCUCUUCGAUUCGUACCUGGUCCUGUCCUUCCUGAAUGAUACGCUGGUCCUCUCGGUGCAGAGUGCCCAUGUGACGGUGGUCGAGGAUGCGGCCGGGUUCCUGACCAAGGUGGCCACCAUCUGCGCGGCGCACCUCGGUGGGGCCGGCCUGGCGGACCAGAGCGCCGGCCUGGUGCAGGUCCAUGCCAAUGGUGUGCGGCACAUCCGCCCGGACAAGAGUGUCCAGGAGUGGCGCCCGCCCCCGGGCACGCAGAUUGUCCAUGCCAUCGCCAACACCCGGCAGGUGGCCAUCACCCUGAACCAGGCGUCCGGCGCCGGUGCCUCGGGGGAUGAUUUCGCCGAGCCCGGCGGGCCGAUCGUCUAUUUCGAGCUGGACCAGCAUGGCCAGCUCAAUGAGUACCAGCACCACAAGUCCCUGGGGGCCGAGGUGACGGCCAUGGCCUUCGGCAUUGUGUCCGAGGGGGCGGUCCGGUCGCCGUUCCUGAUUGUCGGCACGCUGGAGGACGAGAGCGUGCGAGUGCUGUCCCUGGACCCGGAUGGCUUCUUCGACACGCUCAUGACCCAGGCCCUGCUGGCCCCGCCGUCGUCCAUCCUGGCCACCAACUUGCAGGACCUGCCGGCUCCCGGCGCCGCGGCCCCCAUCAGCGGGCAGUUCACCCUGCUCAUCGGCCUGCGCAAUGGCGUCCUCGUCCGGACCAACAUCGACCGGCUGACCGGCAUGCUGAGCAGCCCGCGCAACCGCCUGGUCGGCCACACCCCGGUCAAGCUGUCGCCCUUGACCACCAACUCCGUGCUGGACCAGAGCGCCGCCUUUGACCACUGCCGUGACGCGGUGCUGGUCCUGUCCUCCCCGGCUUCCUAUGUGUGCUACUCGCACCAGGGGCGCGUCUCGGUCCUGCCGCUGACCAUCGAUGCCGGGGAUGCUCCUGGUGCCGGGGCCGGGGCCGGGGCCGGGGCCGGGGCCACGGAUGGCCCGGUGGCCGUCGACCAUGCGGUCCCCUUCUCCACGGACAAGUUCCCGCGUAACUCCUUCUUCGCCAUUUCCGGCCGGAAGAUGCGUGUGCUGGACCUGACCCCGGCCGUGCCGGCCGUCGGGCCCGGCCUGACUGACGCCGGUGCCGGCCCCAAAACCGACACCUCAGCCGGCGAGAGUGGCCUCAUUCGCGGGGCGACCUUCCACACGGCCGCUCGCGUGGCCUUGCGCUACACCCCCCGCAAGAUGAGCAUCUGCCCGCGGCUGGGCCUGGCCUUUGUGGGGGAGGUCGACCACCGGGCAUGGGGUGUGGAUGAUCUGCUCGAAGCCCAGGGCCAGCCGGCUUCCUCGAAGGACACGUCUGCGGCAUCGCUUCCGUCGGUGCGCGCGCCGGCCGGCUUCUGGGCCUCAUGCCUGCGCGUGGUGGAUCUGCGCCAAGCGCUGCACCUGGGCACCAUGACCCCGGUGGCUCGGGGCACCCUGCCGGCCGAUCAGCCCCUCACAGCCACGACAUGGGUCGAGGAGCUCGGCAACAACCAGGCCAUCACCAGCAUGGGCUUUGUGAUGCUCCAGCCCCCGGCGCCGGUCGGCCACACGGGGCCCAACCCCAAUCCCCCGGCGCCGCAUGUGGUUGUCGGCACGGCGGUCAACCUGCAGCUGGCCCCGCGCAAGUGCGCCGGCGGCAAGCUCCACGUUUAUGCGCUGGAUGAGACGGCCAAGACCCUAAGCCUGGUGCAUACGACCGACGUCGAUGAUGCGCCGACCGCCGUGUGCGGCUUCCGGGGCCGGCUGCUGGUGGGCCUUGGGCGCACCCUGCGCCUGUAUGACAAUGGCCGCCGGCGGCUGCUGCGCAAGUGCGAGAACCGCAACCUGCCGAACCUCAUCACGCGCAUCCAGGCCCCGGAGACCCCCGGCGGCCGGGGGGACGGUGCGGAUGACCGCAUCAUCGUGUCCGAUGUCCAGGAGUCCGUCAGCCUGGUGUCCUACCUGCCGGUGCCGGAGAACCAUCUGGUGGUGGUGGUCGAUGACACGGUGCCCCGCUGGGCCACCGCCGUCACGGCCCUCGAUCAUAACACCCUCGCCGUGGGGGAUAAGUUCGGCAACUUCAGCCUCCUGCGCGUGCACCACGAGUCGGUUGGCCGCAUCACCAAUCCCAACUGGCACCCGUCGGCCGACCGGGUGGACUUCGAGCGCGGCCUCCUCGGCGGCGCCCCCUACAAGUUCACCAACAUCUGUGAAUACCAUGUUGGCGAUAUGAUCACCUCCAUCCAUCGCGCCCAGCCGCACGCGGCCACCGGCGCCUCGGACGAUGAGAACAUCAUGUACACCACCCUGCUCGGUGGAGUCGGUGUCAUGGUUCCCAUCCGCCGACAGACCAACAUCGAAUUCCUCCAGCUGCUGGAGAUGCACAUGCGCAAUGAGGUGUCCUCCUUGAUUGGCCGCUCGCACCUGGCCUACCGGUCAUACUAUACCCCGGUGCGCAAUGUCAUUGAUGGCACCCUGUGCGAGCUCUUCUCCACCCUGUCCCUGGAGAAGCAGGCCGCCAUCGCGGAUGCCCUGAACUCCGAGGUCGACGAGAUUCACACCUACCUGGAGGAGCUCCGCGUGCAGACCGGCUUCUAGGGGGAAAUGUGCAACUGCUCUGCUCCCCCGGCCUCCUGUUGCGGCCUUCCUUCCCAUGCGCCGAGCACACGCACACCCGCGUGCAUCUUUGCUCAUGUGUUUACUUCAACACUGCUACCUGGGUACAAU